CUGUUCUUUUCCUCGCCCUGACCCGGAGAGUUCUUAUUAUCACGACUCCGCCGUCACCCGUCUCGCUCGCUCGCUCGCUCUCUCUCUCUCUCUCUCUCUCCUCUCUCCCGACCGUCCUCUUUCGCCGCGCGGCAGCAACAGGAGAAGCGAAGAAAAGAGAAGACGAGGCGGCGGAAGCAACAGCGAGGCGGGGAGGACGAGGCUGCCCGAGGAGACGAUGCGAUCGGAUGAGGAGGAGGAGGAGAAGGAGGAGGAGGAAUCCGGUGCCGGGAUUGGAGCAACAGGGAGAAGGCCAACCACCACCACCACCAGCGGCGGCGGUGCCGGCGGCGGCUCUGGCGACGGCCGGCUUCGCUGAUGGCGUUGCAGAUGACCUGGCAGCAGCGGAGCCUGCAGCGCCGCAAGGCCGGUCCCCCUCUCGGCCUCAAGAACCUUGGCAAUACCUGCUACCUCAACAGCGUCCUCCAGUGCCUCACCUACACCCCUCCCCUCGCUCAAUUCUGCCUCGCCUCCCAACACUCCUCCCUUUGCAAGUCGAUGUUCGCGAAGCGGGACAAGGACUGCCCCUUCUGUAUCCUGGAGCGGCAGAUCGCCCGAUGCCUCAGCCUGGACGGGCCUCUCGAUUCGCCCUCCAAGAUCCAGAAGUGCCUCACCCUCUUCGCCGAGCACUUCCGCGGGGGCUGCCAGGAGGACGCCCACGAGUUCCUUCGCUAUGUCAUCGAUGCCUGCCACAACACCUGCCUCAAGCUCAAGCGCCUCAGCGCCACCACCGGCAAUGCCUCGGCGGUGGUGGGGCCCAUCACGGUGAUGAAGGAUAUCUUCGGCGGAGCGCUGCUCAGCCAGGUGAAGUGCCUCUCCUGCAAAGGGGAGUCCAACAAGACCGACGAGAUCAUGGAUAUCAGCCUCGACCUCUUCCAGAGCAACUCUCUGAACGAUGCCCUUGCCCGAUUCUUUCAGCCUGAGGUCCUCGACGGCAACAACAAGUACAGCUGCGGCAAGUGUAAGAAGCUAUCUGUGGCCAGAAAGCAGAUGUUCAUUUUUAGAGCCCCUAAUGUACUCAUCAUCCAGCUCAAGAGAUUUGAGGGCAUACAUGGUGGGAAGAUCAACCGGAACAUUGAAUUCGAGGAGGUGCUGGUGCUUUCAAAGUUUAUGUACAAUGCAACUCAGGAUUCACAGCCUGAGUAUAACCUUUUUGGCAGCAUUGUGCAUUCAGGCUUCUCACCUGAGUCUGGACACUAUUAUGCAUACAUCAAGGAUGCCUUUGGUCACUGGUAUUGCUGUAAUGAUGCUCAUGUUUCACUUUCAAGCACACAGGAGGUUUUGUCUGAGAAAGUCUAUAUCUUGUUCUAUAUCCGCAGUAAUCAGAUCCCAAGAUCUAGCAAAACUGGUUCACCCUGCAAUGUUGUGAAGUCUUCAUAUUCUAAUGGAAGUGAUGUGUUGCCAAGCAUUAAAUCUGCUGAUGUUUUGAAACCUCAGGUCACAAAGCCAAAUGGGGCUUCGUCUUUUAAAAGUAAUGGUUCAAAUAUGUUGAAGAAUGGUAAGAUAUCUCAAAGUCCACAAAUCAAGAGUAUUAACUUGAAGAACCUGGAGAUAAAAAGAGCUAAAUCAAAUGGUAGUGACAGCAUUGAAACUUGUAAUAAUUUGUCUGCUCAAAGUGAUUCUGCAUCACCUGAAUGUAGCUUAUCCAAUGAAACUAAAGUUAUGGUUAAGGUUGAGGGGUCAUCAGCACCUAAUGACAAUGCUGCUGAUCAGAACGCGUCUUCUAAUUUGGUGGAAUACAGUUGCGCACAUACAUUGACAGUGCCAAAUGGAAAUGGAUGUGUUAGUCUUUCGAAGAUAGAAGUACAUAAGGACAAUGGUACUCAAAGUGUGGAAGCUGUGAAAAGAGAUUGCAAUGGUUCAUCCAACUGCUUGAUUACUAAAUGGCACUCUGAUGUCUCAUCAUUUAAGAGAAAAUCGUGUGAUAGUGACAAAGCCGAAAAUUCAAUAUCAUGUACUAAAGAAUCUAGCAAUCUGUCCAGGGAAGAUGUCUCAUUCAAGACUCAGAGCACAUGUUAUGAAGAGCAAUUUAAAGGGGAACUUGAAAAGUUUAAAGAAUUGCUUGCUCCAGAAGUCCGUUUAGAGCUACAGUCGUGUGGUUGGGUUCAUGAAGUUGAUAAUUUCAUGCGCACCAGAAAGCGGUCAUGUUUCCCUGCAGCAGCCAAUUGUCAUGAUAAUAGUUUUAUGAAGAACCAGUUGAUAAUUGAUGCUAAGAAGAACUUUACCUCGCAAAUUCCAGAACCAGUAAAAGAGCACUUCAUUAACCGUCUGAGAUCAUUUAGUAAGGGGAAAUUGUUAUCGGAUGCUUAAACUUCCAUUGACGGUAUGCUACACAUAUUGAAAGAAACUAUCAAACUUAUUGGAUGCUGCUGGACUGGCUGUAUUGUCUGUAUUAUUUCUGUAUCCACAAUUCAAUGGCCUAAUUUUCUUUUCGAACUUAGGAGCUGCUGGAACAUGUGAGAAAUGUCGUUGACUUCAUCACAACCUCCUCUUCCAGUGCUAUAUACAUUUUUGAGUCCGAUACUUUUCUUUGCUAGGAGAGACUAAGUGCAGCCAUGGCAAAAAAAAAAAAAAAGAGACAAAGUGCAGAGUUACAGUCAUGUGUAAGAUACCCUUGCCGGUGCUCAAUUCGUAGAGGCAGUCUCUCUCAUUUCCCCCCCUCUUUAAGUCCAAAGAUGAUGGAACACAGUUUCUUAAAGAUAGUCACAGUCCUUGAAUUACAUGAAUUAUGCAAGUUUUAACUUUUCUUUGCCUCGAAAUUAUUAUGGCCGUCUCUUGUUUUUCCUCUUGGCUACUCUUAUUAAUUUCAGUGGCAUGGAACAUGGUAAGUGAUAUCUUCUUCCAGGCAUUUCAUUUCUUAUAACUAAUGGAAUACAUAUUGCAGAUUUUGUCCAUGCAUCUGGUUGAAUUGAUAUACUUCCAAAUAUUUUUGUAUCAAUUGUUGCAUUUAGCCUAUGCACUUAAUUUUGCCUCAAUGUUUUGUUUUGCAACUCUCUGUAACAAGAUUUUGUUCUAUAAAGUGCAAUAGCCGAUAGCAGGCCUUCAAUUUCAUGGAGAUCUUGCCCAGGCAGCAUUAGUGGAGCAAUCAACAUUAGAAUGAUAUCAUGCUUAAUGUAUUAAAAAGCAGAUUGCGAGCAUGUAGCAGCCUGGAGUUUGCAUGGCAGAUGGUGGAUGAAGCUAUAACAGGGAAUUAGGAAUUCAAAUUUUUGGCUUUAAGGAGUGAAGCCGCUCUUUGGUGAGAGUGGAUCCUAGUAAUUGGACAGACAACCAUUUGAGGUGGGUUUUGAUGUGUUCAAAUAUCUUGAGUUUGGGUGUGUGCUAACAUCUGUGAGCACUUCAACAGCAGGACAGUUAUUCAAAGAUCUUUGGAGAAAAUUUUGACUUGUCGUGGGUAGGUUUAUCUUGAAAAGAUCUGCUACCUGGCCCAUUAAAUUCCAAUUUUAGUCUGUACCAGUCUCUUCAAAGCAUCAUGUUCCCUUCUACAGAGUGCCGGGAGAUAAGUCUAGGUGAAUCAUUUUGUAUCCAGUUAAUGUUUUGAGAAGGUGAUGAUCUGUUCCUCACCCAUUGCAUGUGAUUUGAUCACAAUAUCAUUAUUGAAAGUUUAUCAUUGCUAAA